AUGGCUGAGGAUUCUGAGUUGUGGGAUAUCAUAUGUGAUGGUCCUUAUGUUCCAACAAAGGCAUUGGAAGAACUUCCAUUUUCAAUGUCAAAAACCAGUAAAGAAUACACUGACGCAGAUAGGAAAGUUAUGGAGAAGAAUUUUUGUGCCAAGAAGAUUAUGGUAUGUGGAAUAGGACCUAAAGAAUACAGUAGAAUCUCCGUUUGUGACACUGCUAAGGAGAUAUGGGAAGCUUUGCAAAUAUCUCAUGAGGGAACCAUCCAAGCUCUUGCAGCAUGGGGAAAUUCCUAUGGUGAGUCUGAAGAUGAAACUGAUGCUGGUGAUAGCUCCAUGAUGGCAGUUGAAGGCGAGGAAAAUGAAUACCUAAGGGAAACAAUAGAGACACUAGAGACUAUUUCAAAAGCUGGAAAUUCUGGAAAAGGGAAAGAGAUAGCCAGUGAUGAACACAUUAGGCUUGAAGAUGAGUUGAAAUCGAAGACUGGGGCACGCAAGCUUUUCUCUUCUGAACAAACUAAUUCAGAAGGACCUUGUCCAUGGUCUGCCCAUGUCAAAGUUCAAGGUGGAACAAAUCUAUGA